CAAUAAUCAAGGCGCCGAAGAUUCACGGGAAGUUCCCGGAUGUUGCUCUUCCAGGAAGUGUGUCUUAUGACAACAAUCCUAUGAUAACGUUGUGUGUUUUGACUUGAGAAACAUAUUGUCUUGAAAACCGAGCAAAAUGGAUUGAUCGUGUGAUCAAAAGAAGAGCAUGGAGAAUGAUGAAUUUCCGUCAGCGGAUGGGGUGGAUAGGCGUCGGACUGUACUUGUUGGCCAGUGUCGCUGCAGUGUAUUAUAUAUUUGAGAUCAGCCAAACAUACAACCGAUUUGCACUGGCACAAAAAGAAGGGGAGGCUGGAGCGCAGACGAAAUGGUCCGGAGAUGCUUCUUCCUCUUCCCCAUCUUCAGCCUCAUGGAUCGUGACUCUGAAAACGAGACUUCUCCUCCUGCCCUUCUGGGUGUGGGCCACCAUUUUCCUCAUUCCGUACCUCCAGGUGUUCCUCUUUCUUUACUCCUGCACAAGGGCGGACCCCAAGACUGUAGGAUACUGUAUUCUGCCCAUCUGCCUUGCUGUUCUCUGCAACCGUCACCAAACCUUUGCCAAGGCCUCGCAUCAGAAUCAGCACGACUGCAUCUGA